CCCAGUUAGAGCACACUUACAGAACCAGUAGGAACUCAACUGCACCAUGAAGUCCACUCUAGCUUUUGUCUGCCUUGCCCUCUUUGUGGUGCUCUUCACCGCCGUGAACGCAUGCGAUCCCAAUACCAACAACCAGCCCGACUGCAGCAACGCAUCGAACGUUCAAGUGAAAAUCCGCAACUUCUGGGAUCCCACCCGCUACUGGUGGUGUCAGUCCUCCAGCUCCACAGCCGAGGCUGUGGUGUGCGCGGAGUCGGCAGAUAGCGUGACCACCGGAUUCGACCCCACAUUGAAGGAGUGCGUUCCCUGGUCUCAAUGGUCCUGGACUGCUUACUGCCCCUAAGUUGAAUGCAUUUUUAUAAAAUAAAAAUGAAAAUAAAUUGCAAGCUUAAUGAUUACUUA